UCUCCAGGAGAGUAGUUUGAAUUCUGGUUGUUCGCUUCAUGUUUGGAAAUUGUUGUUUAAAUUAAUUAUAGUUGGUACUUAGUUUUGCUUUAAGCGAAGUUUCGCUGCUAACGGCUCUACAAAGUGCAAUAGUAGGAAGAAGGUAGAAUGAUCGCGGGUGAUCUGUAUGAAUCAUUGAAGUCAGCUGUGAAGACAUCGUUGUUCUUCGUAUUUUUCUGUGCACUUCUGCCAGUGUUUCUUAUCAGUUAUGCAACUGUUGCAACGACAAGAAAAGUAUGGAUCGCCUUCUUGUCAAACCGAUAUCCAUACCUUAAGUUUGCAAAAACAAAUAAUAUCCGAAGUUUGGUAGACACAUCGAGAAAUCCAGGAGUAUUUCACGUUUUACUACAAAUUGAGGGAUUUUGCGACACUCACGCAAUUAAAGCGAAGUUUAUCGAUCACGUGCUAGGUCGACGUAAUGGAACUAAUCGUUUGUGCUUCCCGCGGUUGAAAUUUCCACUAAUUUCUUGCUGGGGGCAGUAUGCAUUCGUGAAAAAGACUAAAGAUUUCAACAUUGACAACCACAUAAUUCUGGCUCCUUCGCUUCAUCGUGGUCGACCGCUGACCGAGGCCAACCUGCAGGACUAUGUGAGCGAGAUCAUUUCCAAGUACAUGCCGCCGGAUAUUCCACCGUGGCAGAUUUUUUGCAUUCCAAUGUUUUCGGGAAAUCCCGCUAGUGGUUCCGCUGAGUGCGACAGCAGUGCCCCCUACUACUAUCUUCUAUACAGAAUUCACCAUUUACUUUUGGAAGAACAGAAUAGUCUACGGAUUUCAGACUUGCUUCUGAUUGAUGUUCAAAAUGGCUCCGAAAUGAAUGGAGGCACGAUUUCGGAAUGUACAUCGAUAUUUGCAAAUCUGAUGGAAGGACCUGUCUUCAUACCACGACUAUGGGGAGAUCUAUGUACAACAAUUAGUAAUAGAUGGAAUGAAUUUGUCUAUCAGCACGAUCCACUAGAAUCGCCGGAUAUUGAAAGGAAACACAUCGCCGGCAUUCAGCAAUUAAUUUCCGUGGUAUUGAUAGGUGCAGUAAACGUGGUGUCCGACUUUUGGAAAGUUUUUUGGAAGAUCUCGGACAGUCCUUUGAUGAAAAUUGAUUUCUUAAAGUCACUGAUUGAUCGUGAGAUUCAAAGAAGAAAUUUAAAUCUAGGAACAAUUUGGAAUGCUAUCGUGCUUUCUCUAGAUCCCAUCAAUGUGAUCAAAGAGUGGAUAUUUAUAAUGUGGAAAAUUGGAGCAACAUUGACGCUUAUGGUUCCGUGGUAUGUGUUUAGAGAAAUCGAAGCUGCAAGAAUUUACAUUUUAAUGAAGAAAAUCAAACGAAACACCCUGGUGGGCUUCUUGCUGGAAUACGUGCCAUUUUUCUACGGUGGAGUAUUGGAAUACUGGAAAGGAUGUAAACUUCUGUACACUGCUCCCAAGCUCGUUUAUGAAGAGUUGUUUGAGCAUAAACCUAAUACAGAGCACUAUCUACAGAAUGUAACCCUUUGCGGAAGGAAAGUUGUCUCGUGGUCGGAACGGAUCAAAUCUAGCGAACUCCUAGUUAAUUCUCUUGAACAUACAGUAUCCAAAAGGACAGGAACAUCUCACCAGAAACCAAGCAACAGAUCACCCAGCGAAAUUGAAAUCAUGUUGGCGAUCAUGUCGAAAUCAUUGCGUUCAUUGUGCCAAGAGGGCGACGGUAAAAUUCCAGCUGCAGUUCAGAUUAGCGGACGAUGUAUGGUGGAGGAUUAUCUACUCGGCUCUGUCGACUAUUGUACCGGAAACAGUGGAUUCGUCUCAUUAAAUUUGCCCAUAGAAUAUGACGACAAAAAACUACUUUUUAGGGCGAUUCGAGCAUCGAUAACACAGAUACGCAAGCAGCAAGGCAUGCUAAACUAUUUGACUGUAGUGCAACUUAGGAAUGACUUUCUCACAGACGCUCUUCCAAUGGUUGUAAUGAAACUCCUGAUGAAUUAUCUUUCUAGACGAUUUGCUUUAACCGUAACGGAAGUUAUUGAGAAUCGAUGUGCUGGUGAGCGUAAGAAUUUACUAGGACAUACUAUAAGAGACAUAAUUUACUUUAGGCCACCUCAAUCAAAUACCAGCGUAUCGAUUACGGUACACACAUUCAAUGGAGAAGUGCGAUUUGCAUGUAUGGCUGAUUCAAAUAUAAGUCCAAAACACCUGGCGUUGACGUCUGGGUUUCGGAAGCAUUUGAUAGAUUUAAAAGCACAUUAAACCACGACACGUUCUUUAACAACCUUUAUUUUUAAGUCAAUAAACAAAUGGAAAGAUUCGAAAAAAUCA